CUGAGUAUCACAAAGGGAAGUGGAAAAAACGGCAGUAAUCUCUUUAUUCCCUUUAUUGAAACCUGUAGGAAGCUUCGCGUUCUUUCGGAGCUGUUAUCACUCACCUUUUGCGAUUGUAGUGGGAACGAUUCUGGAUUAAAACAUUCCGUUUCUUCACCAGAUGUAGAAAUCCAUGGAUCCGGCUACGGUACUGAUGAUGAAGAUGGUGAUGCAGUCCAUGGAUCUGGAGUCUCUGUCGUUGACGUUGUGGAAGCCUCAGGAAGUCCAUCUCUAGUACAGCUACGUCCUCAAGUGACAACCACAACAACAACUACUCAUAUACCUCCUGUCCAUUCAUACCCUGAGUUCGAGCGGUCUCGCGUAAGUGAACUACGUUUUUUUGUUCUCUUGUACAACGGGCAUUUCCUAAAUGCUGUUGUCGGUGGCACCGUGGUCGGUCUUCUGACGGCUAUCCUCCUUGUGAUGUUCAUCGUGUAUCGAAUGCGUAAGAAGGACGAAGGUUCGUAUGCGUUGGAAGAACCGAAACCACGUCCAUACGCUGGCUACGCGUAUACGAAAGCAUCCACAAAGGAAUUCUACGCAUAG